ACCAUCAGGCUGGUCUCAGACCUCGCUGGCAUCUUGGUUUCAAGGUGGCCUCAAACGCUGAGCCCAUGACACUGGUGCGGUCGAGCAAUGAUGCCCAGUGAAACUCUCUGGGAAAUUGCAAAAGCCGAAGUGGAAAAACAUGGAAGUAGUGGAGGUGAAGGUGAUGGGCUUGAAAUUGGAGAAAAAUCUGUUUUCUUCAUUGGCAGUAAAAAUGGGGGAAUGACUACUAUUAUUCUAAGGUGUCUUGACAGGGAUGAGCCACCAAAACCAACAUUAGCUUUGGAAUAUACAUAUGGAAGAAGAGCAAAAGGGCAUAAUAUACCAAAAGAUAUUGCUCACUUCUGGGAACUAGGUGGAGGAACGUCUUUAUUGGACUUAAUCAGCAUCCCCAUCACAAGUGAUACCUCACGGACAUUUUCUCUUGCUGUUUUGGAUCUUUCGUGGCCCACCAUGGAAAAUCUGUUGCAAGCCACAAAAAGCCAUGUGGAUAAAAUGAUAAUGAAACUGGGCAAGACCAAUUCUAAAGCAGCUUCUGAAAUGAGACAGAAGAUAUGGAGUAAUAUGCAGAAGGACCAUCCAGAUCGUGAAUUAAUCGACCCAUUUCUAAAACCUCUGGUCAUAAUUGGAAGUAAAUACGAUAUUUUUCAGGAUUUUGACUCUGAGAAGAGGAAGGUUAUAUGCAAGACCCUUCGAUUUGUUGCACAUUAUUAUGGAGCAUCGUUAAUGUUUACCAGUAAAUCAGAAGCUCUAUUACUAAAAAUACGUGGAGUUAUCAACCAGUUAGCAUUUGGCAUUGACAAAAGCAAAUCAAUAUGUGUGGAUCAGAAUAAACCACUGUUUAUCACAGCAGGAUUGGAUUCUUUAAGUCAAAUAGGAUCUCCUCCUGUUCCUGAUAAUGAUAUUGGAAAACUUCAUGCCCAUUCACCAAUGGAGUUGUGGAAGAAAGUGUAUGAAAGGGUCUUUCCACCAAAGAGUAUCAACACACUAAAAGAUAUCAAGGACCCUGCAAGAGACCCUCAGUAUGCUGAAAGUGAAGUUGAUGAAAUGAGAAUUCAGAAGGAUCAGGAACUGGAACAAUACAAAAGAAGUUCUUCCAAGUCUUGGAAACAAAUUGAGCUUGAUUCUUGAACCUCAUUCAACUAUAGUGUAUUUAUUUUUUCUUCCCCCCCCCAAAGUAAGUUUAUUUUAUUAAUUAGCUAUAAUGGUAAUAAGUGAAGGAUGCUGUGUAAUUUGUUAAAGGAAAAGUGGCUUUUCUUGUAUUAGUGCAACACUCUGGAUACUUUUAAGUCUUUUACAAGGGGA